AGAAGCGAGCUAAAAUUUGCGAACGCGGAACAUGAUGGUUUGUACCUUGUAAUCGAAGUGACAAUUGCUUAAGGAUGAAGCUUUUUAAGUUAUGGGUCCAUCAGCAAAACUUCAGUGAGGAUGAUCUCAUACUAAAUCCAAAGGAAUUUCCAAAUGAAAAAGAAGGAGACAUCUUGGAGAUCUAUCAUCCAGAUGAAGAUAACACUCGUCUUUUGCUGCAGAUUAAAUCGAUUAACCCCGAAUUCCAACAGAAAGAUACAAUCAGCAUCGAACAGUCUGUGGCUAAUUUCUUCCAGUUGCGAACUUACUGGGAUGUGGAGGUCACCAAAGUCGAACCAAAAGAUGUGUUUGUGGAUAUGGUGGAACUUUUGUUUAAAGACCAGUUCGUCACGAGGAGCGAAAUGUGGAGAUUUUCCAAACAGCUUGUUGGAUCGUGUGUAUAUAUCACCAAGAAGUUGUCACACUUUGGGGUGCGAGCUCAGGUUAUGGAGAUCUGGACCAAGGGAGAGAAGGUGUCUUGUGGAGUGAUAUCUAAUGAUACCAGGGUGAUUUUUAGAUCAAGUAGCACGAAGAUGUAUUUAUUCAUUCAAAUGAGUAAAGAAAUGUGGGACUUUGACUUCAAUGGAGACCUUUAUAUUGAAAAGGCAAUCAAUGGAUUUUUUUAUGAAUUGUUUACCAAAUGGAAGGAGCUGAAAGCCCACCAUGAUGUCAGUAUUAUUCUUUUUUCAAGAACAUUUUACAAUGCACAGUCUCUUGAGGAAUUUCCCUUAGAAGCUCAAGGAUGUAUUCGAAAGGAUCCUUACGGACGGUUUUAUGAAGAUUUCUACCAAGUUGUUGCCUUAUCAGACAGCUGUGAUGAUUGGAUCCCUAUGCUGGUCACUCUGAAGCACUGCUUUAACCAAUAUCCAAAAUUCUCAAACUGUUGUGAUAAGCUUAAAGGCACCAAAAUCAAGGGGCAAAAUUCCAGCUCCUACGAGGGAAACUUUCUAGAAGCUAUCAACUUGGCGAUGAAUGCUUUUGAGAGGCAUCAUAUCGAUCGCAACUUUGGUCGUACUGGUCAGACGGUUAUCAUUGUAGCACCUGGGUCCGGAGUGUUUGAGGUGGAUAGAGAAAUGACUAGCAUAACUAAACAGCGUCUUCUGGAUAGCGGUGUGUCGAUCGACCUUGUGUGUCUUGCUGAACAGCCGCUUCACACUGUACCUCUUUUCAAGUUCUUUAACAAGACACUUGGCCUCAGAGACAACGACAUUGGAGAUGAUUAUAACAUUCCUCACUGGAUGAAUCACAAUUUCUACACUUCACCAAAGACAAGGAAUAAGCCAGGGAACGUUGCACCUCGUAUAAAAAUACCUGAAGCUAUUUUGAAUUCACUUGGAAAAAACGGUGAACACGAAGAAGCGUACAGCAAUUUUGCUAAACACUGCAAGACAGAAGUGGGAGACAGCCAGCUCGCAGAUCGGGUGGAUUAUGACGAAUAUGACGCCAAAGUAUUCAGGAAUCCGCUUACUCACUCCACUCUGAAGGGCUGGGCACCCGGAGGCACGACCUUCAGACGAAUACGAAGUGCUCUUGACAUGCAGCGAGUGGCCAAGUCAAAAGAAGAACCUAUUUUCCGCCGUGUUUCCUCGCCUCCCAGAGGGGUUUCGUCUUACGAGGACAUGGAGAUUUCAGCUUCUUUUAGUACCUUUACGGAACGAGAUGCUCUAUCCUUAAAGACCCUGGACAGCAGAGGAACCCUUAUACUGUCUUCAUCUAUGGAGUAUACAUCUCAUGGUGUCCUCGCGUCUCUUUCCGAAAAUAUGGUGGUGAAUGGAACUUCUCACGAAAUCAUUCGUCCAGUCCCUCGCCGGCUUGCGGUCGGAAGUGCGGGCGCAAGUCGCCAUGAGAUCCCUGGUCAUUCACGGCCCCAGAGGACCCUGAUAAAUCCUUUCAAGCCGAACGAGAUUCCUUGUAACUGGACGUGUAAUCGACAUCGGUGGUCACAUGUUUUUCCCAAGGGGCCUGGGGGAGAGGUUCUCCAUCGACACUAUGAGAAACUCUCACCAGCUGAAAGCAACCCACAAAUUAAAACUGAGAAGUCACGUAGUGUCGAAGAAGCAGCACUAGCCGUCGUGGCAGCUCGAAAACAGGAAAUGUCAGAAGUAAAGUCUCGGAGCAUUUCGGAGGAGCAAGACUUAUUGGACCCACUGAUGAUUAGUGAAGAGAAUGAAGAUACAUACGAAGAUGACGCCUUCAUCCCAGAACUAUCGUCGGGUAUUCUCGGCCAUUUCAGCCCGAUUUCCGAACUAACAAAGACAUCACAGAAUACGACACCGAGGCGCCGAUCUCAGCUUCCACGAAUUAAUUUAUAUCGAGGGGUAGAGAAAACUCCCGAUGAACAUGAUUGGACAGCUGCUGUCAAGACGAGUGUGGAUUGGAAAUCGCUGACAUGUCCUGCUCUUUUACCUCUGACCACAGAUUACAGUCCAAGCAAACAGACACUGGAAUCCGAUUACUGCGAAUAUAAUUACACUCUGUUAAUUGAAGUAGAAGAGGAAUAUACAGAAGAGAAGAAGAUUUCUGGCUGGGGAAAACAGGAAAGUCUGCCGGAGGAAGAUUCACAUGGGGUUCCCCGGGGUUUAAGCGCGGAGAUGUUAUUCAUGGAACUUGUCUCGCAACGAAUUCGAAAGGGAUUUCAGUUGACCCCACUAAAGGGUAAACCAGCACCUCCUAAUAAGCCCCAGUCCAUCGCGGCCAUACCAGCCAAGUCAGAUCACCAGGAAUGCUUUCUUAGCAUUGGACGGAUCUCGCACAAGUUAAGCUUGACUUCACAUGAGGUGACAGUGACCAAGUAUAGACCACGCCAUCAAUUUGGUUCGCAACCUAUCAAAUACAGUUAUCGCCUUUGGAUCCCACAAAGAAAACUGUUUGAACCAAAUUAUGGGGAAUUCCGGCAUGAAGAAAUGGAAAAUUAUAACUGGAACUACUUGGACCAACAUCUUUGCGGAGAAAGUGAAUUUAAGGAGCUUAUUGAGAGUCUUCAUUAUUGGAAAGCACGUUUCUUGCUAUUGCCAUUUUUGCCGUUGUCUCAGCGUCAAGUGAAAGGAUCAGGUCGUGAGGAAAAGAAGAAAACAUCAACUCAGCAGGCCGACGUAGUGGAUGGAAUCGUGAGGUUCCUUGAGGUGCUAAAUCGAAUAAAACGUCAUCAAACUCAGAAAACUCCUACAACCCCUAAGGAUCGAAAACAGUCCGAUGUGUCUAUACCAACCCGUCGAAUCAGUAAACAACUCGAGCAUAAAACAUCCCGACCCAUCCCUUGUGAGUUAACAGUAACAAGAGAAAACAGUUCUGCUCCCAGUAGUCCGUUGACCAACGGAUCGCGGUCGUCCUCGGGAAUAGGAGACGAACUUGGAAGUCCAGAUUCCCAUGCCAGUCCAUCUCGAGAGGUCGCUGGUGAGCAACCUAAAACGGUCGAUGACGCGUCAGUGAAACUCGACAGAGGCAAACUCUGUAUAGAAUCAUCGCUGGAGAGUGUUGCAGAGGCCAUGUUGGAUCCUGGAAAGGGCAUGACUUUCCUACCAGAGGUCAAGGGGCUAAAACCCGCCAGCCUUCUGAGUUCGGAAGCGAUUUCAUGGAUUUUACUCAACGUGGAAGGAGUUAACGCCAAGGAACAAGCUACUCAACUCUGCCAGAAAUUGUUUGAAGGGGGCUUUAUCAAACAUGCUUCCGACAGCACCGCCCAGAAACUGGUAGAGGGAUUUGUCAUCUUUUAUUUCACUCCAAAGUCGUGUUGGAGAGAGAAAACGGAAGAUAUGCUGGACAACAUCGAUCGCCCUCUUGUGUCUCGCCAAGGUUUUAUCGACGAGCAUCGUCUGCGGUCGGAUCGUUUUCAGUCUGAUCUUUUACAGGCCUUUCAAAUUGAUUGGUUCGAGGUCGCUACCUGGCCAACCAAAUCUGAAAAGGAGACCCCAGAGUUCUUAGCGCCUGAUAUAGAGAUCGUUGCAAGUCCGGCGGGCUCUUCGGUUCGGAAGCCGCGCACUUGGACAAGAUCGGCUCGUCGCAAUUUCCAUUCGGAGAGUGGUUAUGGCUGCGAUCCUGCUUAUAAAUUUGUCACGUUAGAUGCUGAUCCUUAUCACAAGAGCCCACGCCCAGAAUCUUGCACAGUUCGUUAUCACGGCAACUUCUCCCCUCUUCAUGCAUUUGAGAUCGAACUUCAUUGGAUCGCGGCAACUGGGUGCAUCGUGGGCGACAUGGUUAGUUCUUGGUCGAGGAAGGCACCGUCUUGUGGUUUUCAUCUAGUCCCCGUCCCAGUAAGUCCAUUUCCUGAUCCAAAAAGUAAGAAUGUGGAUCCUUUUCGUUUACCGGUUUUCAUUCAGCUGAAUCUGUCCAACUGCACUGCAGACGCAAGCAGCCUGUUUGAAGAAUUUGAAUGUUCCACCCGAAGUCGAAGAUUGUUUUUGUUCUUGGAAGCCAUUCUUCAAAGGUUUGGUUAUAUCCGGGAUACACCUUAUGGUUCAACGCACGUGAGUACGCCGAUGAUGCAAGUGACGCCAGUGCAGUGUCGAGAGAACGACUACGUGCACACGAGCGGAGUUGCCUUUGUCCGAAUCCUCCUGAACUGGGACGAAGAUGAGGAUCCUAUCGAGAGUGGUCCACCCAGGCCAGAGAAAGGGCAACUGUCGAGCUCUUCCUGGGGGUUUUAUUGGAUGCAAAACUAUAUGCUGACAAAGCGGUGGCGCUCCGCGGCGACGGGAGAUAAUGAGGCUGCUGAUAAACUGCGGGGUGAACUGGAAGACUUCUGUGCAGAUAAAGAAGGUGUUAUGAGUAGCUUUUGGGAGUCUUGCCACGAAGCUGCUAGAAGAGAAGCACAAAAACGAAUUGAAAAAGACGAGGCCGAAGCCAAAAUGAACUAUAGAGAGACGUCAGAAAUAACUCGACAUGAAGAUAGCUACGAUCCGCAAAAUCUGGAGCGUGGUUAGUUUAUUAUUCCAAUGGUAAAUGUUUGAUCACUCAGUGGGAAAUCGUAAGGUUUAAUCUCAUCGUUACAUCCAUCAGAAAUGGUAUCUUGAAAGAUCUGCACAGACGACGCGUUCCAUUACGUUGUCGAAAAGGCUGGUAAACUGAUCAUACCAUUCAAGGCAAUAGCUCUUUGCUUUUAAACCUCCUGACAAGAAUCUAUGGAACAACAGAGAGAACUACGUUGGUCACCUAACGAUCCCGAAGGGAAAUAGUAUGGUAAAGAAUUUAAAAAUGGGAAGGGGAGUUUCUUGAGAUCUCAUUUAUCAAUGGUUUUGUCUGCCUGUAGCCAUCGUUAGCCAUGUUGCUCACUUAGUAUUAGGAGUCACUCCGUUAUAAGUAAGUCCAAAAUUAGAGUCUGAAAUCCCGAAUAAAAUAGUGUUGUAUGAUUUAUCUACAUAAAACGUUCAUCAAUAAUCUAAACGUUCACGAUUUACUUUUGUUUAAUACUUAAAAUUUUGCUUAAAGAAUCGAUCGUCGAACUGCAGUUUAUUAUCGUCUUAUUUGCCCAAUUCGACAGAAAAGUACGCGUUAAAAUUAUCGUUUCAUACGAAGAACCAGUAGUGAAGGUAUUGACACUAGGGAUGGGAAAAUUAUUUACUGCCCAUGUAUACCCAAGAUAGUUAUUUUAAUUUAAUGAUAGAUGUAUGUAAAGACAACAGAAAAUUAUAUUUGUAUCAAAAUUUAAGGUCAGUCGACCCAAUAUGAAACUCGUAAACUUUUGAA